GCCGUGGGAUGGGGCAGUCAUGAACGGCGAUGCCCUCUGCCAGGAGCCGUCCUCGCCGCUGCCCGACUGGCGCGAAUUCUGCGAGCUGCACGCCCAGGCGGCCGCCGUCGACUUCGCCCAGAAGUUCUGCCAGUUCCUGAGGGAAAACCCCCACUACGACACCCCUGGCGCCGAGGCCUCCUUCUCCCACCACUUCGCAGCCAACUUCUUGGACAUCUUCAGCCUGGAGGUGAGCCGGGUGUUCGUGUCCGACUCGCCCACCAAGUACAACAUCGUACCCUUCGUGGGGCUGCAGAACUGCCACGUGCCCUACGGGCGCGACGUGGCCCAGAGGAAGGAGGAGACCUCCACGGAGUCGCUGGACAGCAUGGAGCAGCCCCUGGGCACCCACCGCUACCUGAGCCCCUCGCAGCAGGCCCAGGCGCGCAAGGUGUCCUCCUACGGGCAGUCCCGCAGCUCCGAGGACGUGUCCGUCCACGCCACCUCCAAGCCCAAGUUCAAGAAGGGCUUCUCGCUGAGGAACAUGAGCUUAUGCGUGGUGGAUGGCGUCAAGGAGAUGUGGCAUCGGAAGUCCUCUCCGGAGCCGGGCGCCGAGGCCACGCAGGGCAGCAGGAGGGCAGAGAGGGAGCCAUGGCCGUCGGGGAGCAAGGAGCACAGCGACACCCGGGAGAAAUGGACCCACAAGCUGCGGCUUUCCAAGGCGCAGUCCUCCAAGGUGGACCUGGUGGACAUCCAGAGGGAGGGGACCCUCCGCUACAUGGUGGCCGAUGACACGAACUGUGUGGGGAGCUCGCAGUGGCAGAAGUGCCGCCUGCUGCUCAGGAAGGCAGUGAAGGUGGAAGGGGAGAGGUUCUUGCUGGAGUUCUACGUCCCCCCAAAGGCUUCCAAACCAAAGGUGAGCGUCCCGCUGUCGGCAAUCAUCGAGGUCCGCACGACCAUGCCCUUGGAGAUGCCCGACAAGGACAACACCUUCGUGCUGAAGGUGGAAAACGGCGCCGAGUACAUCCUGGAGACCAUCGACUCCCUCCAGAAGCACUCCUGGGUGGCAGACAUCCAAGACUGCAUCGACCCCGGGGACAGCGGGGACGACAUCGAGCUGGCCGCCUGCGCGCAGGGAGCCUGCCUGCCAGGCAGGGUGUCCUCCUGCAGCUGCGAAUUUCUGGCUGACGAUGUGCCCAGGCCACCGGACAGAUGUGCCAUGCCCAGCACUCACAGUGCCACCCCUGCGGCCACCAUGGCCACCGUCGCCGCUGCGCCCCAUGGCCGUGCCAGGGACUCUGUGGGAGAGCUGCUGACCCACGUCCCGCUGGAGAGCUUCCUGCAGACCCUGGAGUCUCCUGGCGCUGCUGGAGGGCACCCGGCAGGGGAGGAUAGUGAGGCUGAAGCAGAGAUCACCCUCUCCAGCUACCCCUGGUUCCACGGGACGCUGUCGCGGAUCAAGGCGGCCCAGCUGGUGCUGCUGGGGGGCGCCAGGAGCCACGGCCUGUUCGUCUUCCGGCAGAGCGAGACGCGGCCGGGCGAGGACGUGCUCACCUUCAACUUCCAGGGCAAAGCCAAGCACCUGCGGCUGUCGCUGAACGAGAGCGGGCAGUGCCACGUGCAGCACCUCUGGUUCCAGAGCAUCUUCGACAUGCUGCGCCACUUCCACACGCACCCCAUCCCGCUCGAGUCCGGCGGCGCCGCCGACAUCACGCUCCGCAGCUACGUGGUGGCCCAGAGCCCGCUGCUGGCUGAGACCCGAGAGCUCAUCACUCACGCCGCAUCCCUGCUUUUGGAGCUGCUUGCGUGGCUCCAGCCGGGGCUGCAGCGGCGAGGAGGCCUCGCCGGGCCGGCCGGGAACGCCGCCAAGCCCAAAUUCACACCAUUCUUUUACAAAUCAGGUUGGGGAGACAAGCGGGAGGCAGCGGCCGCUGCCAUCACCAUAGCAACCCCGGAGGAUGCUGAGAAGCCCUUUGUAAACAGCACGCGGGACGGGGCCGCGGCCCCGCUCGGCUGCUCCCCGUCGAAGCAGGUUUGA